CCUCGCCAUUGCAAGUUUCCGGAUGAUGUAAGCGACAAAUCGCCACAUCUGACUGUCAGAAGAUCGACUCAGACAAAUCCUUGACGUAAAUCGUCAGAAAGAGAUAGAAAACAGAAUGGACUUGAGUGGGAAGUUAAUUAUAAAAGUCCAGCUAGGCGAUGACAUCAGGAGGAUCCCAAUACACAAUGAAGACAUUACCUAUGAUGAGUUAGUGCUGAUGAUGCAGAGAGUCUUUAGAGGAAAAUUAAACAAUGAUGAUGACAUUUUAAUCAAAUAUAAAGAUGAAGAUCAAGAUCUGGUAACCAUUUUUGAUGAUUCUGAUCUGUCCUUUGCAAUACAGUGCAGCAGAAUUCUUAAAAUAACCUUAUUUGUAAAUGGACAUAGUCUGACAGCCGCAGGAAAUGCCCCCCAGCUGUCUACUGUAAGGAGGGAACUUAGACAUAUACGAGACAGAGUCACACAGCUCCUGGAUCAACUAGAGGUGGGGGAACAGGAAAUCACCAGCUCUGUGGACAGCAAAAGGGCACCUGCUGCUAAAGAUGAACCGAUGGUUGUGUCAGAGAACAAUCGUCGGGUAGAGCAUCCCACCUCUAGUCAGCCCCGAGAUGUCUCCCACAGUAAGGAGUUUGAUCCAUACUCCAGCCAAAAGUCAGUGGAGGAAAACAACCCCAGUAAAGUUAUGUCCUCUUUUGGAAUGAGUGGACAAGAGAGAUCUGGAACCCCAGACAGUAUUUCUAGUAUAGGCUCAUCCACAAACCAGAAACACAAUAUCCAACCCUCCCCCUCCCCUGCAACGCCAGUCUCCCACCCCUCAGCUUUCGUCUCCCCACAGCCAGUCCAGAGCCAGCCUCGGGUCAUUACCCCACAGCAACACCCUGGUCAGCCAAACUUUAGCCAGCAACCCACUGGUUACCAGGGACAGCAACCAGGUUAUGGCCAGCAGGCCCCAGGUUUCCCUGGUGGAUCCCAACAACCCACUCCCCCACCCCAAUCUGGUGCACAGCAGAGACCCUUUCAGAGCCCUGCUACCUCUCAGCCUGACAGACAACCCAGCCCCAUGACUCAUGGAAUGUCUCCUGGCCAACCCUCACAGGGCAUGGCACCAGGUCAGUCAGGGCAAGGCAUGCCUCAAGGCCAACCAGGAAUGCCUCAAGGGCAGCCAGGAAUGCCCCAAGGCCAACAGCAGGGCAUGUCUCAUGGGCCACCACAAUCACAGGGGGUACCUCCAGGACAGCCAGGAUUCCCUCCACAACAAGGAGCUGGUAACUAUGGUUAUGGACAGUAUGGAGGACAAGGCAUGCCUCAGCCUGGUCAAGGCCAAAUGCCUCCGACAUCAGCAGCACAGUGGAAUCAACAACAGGGAAUGUAUCAAGGAGGAUAUGCAGGUCAGCCACAGCCAGGAGGUGCCCCACCCAGCAGUGCUGGACCCACCCCAGGGGGUCAGUCUAAUCCCUACUCCAGAGGAGGAGGGCCAGGAGGAUUUGGUGGUUACCCCAAACCAGCCCAGGGCUAUCCUGGGUAUAAGUAAUGAAAAAGACAUUUUAAAGAAAUUUUAAAGUCCUGUUAAUGUUCGUAAUAUAUUUGCUUUAAAUUUGUGGUAGCUCUGUCAAAGUAAAAUAUUUAUUCUGCAAAGUUUCUGUUUUUAUUAAGUGCAAUACUAACUUCAAAAACGAAUAAAUUUGAAUUGUCAAACACAUCCAUUUAAUUCACUUUAUAAACUCUCAAGCCAAUUCAAACAGUGAUUGAAUUAAACAUUCUUUGACAUUGAAGCUGAUGAAAACAUUAUGCUAUGUAUUUUUUUAUUGAUUUAUUGUAUAGUAUCAUGAAUAUAUUUAUGCAUUGAAUUGUUUAUUUGAAAGAUUUAUGAAUGCCAUGUUAGUAUUGGUAAAAGAGAACUGUAUUGUGAGUGUGUUAUUUUAAUCAAGAUCUGUUAAAAUGAUAAUUCAUCAUGAAGUGAUGUAUAUGUACAUAUUUUAAUUGUACAUGUAAGCAUUAGUUGGUUGUGUUUUGUAAGACUGAAUGCUUGCUUGAAAUGAGAAGUUUAUACCCAUAUCAUAUCACAUUGCAUGAUUAAGUGGUUAUAGAUAAAUGUUAUAAAAGUAGAAUUACUCAUCCAUUUUAUUAUUAUUAUUUUUUUUUUUGUCAGUUGGUAAAUUUAUAAUGAAGACCAUUUUUAAAUUGUAAUGUCACAGAAUGAGAGCAAAGGAUUGAAAUCAGUUAUGGUUAAACCAUAUUUUCAGACCACAAGAAAAGACAUCAUUAAAUUUUUAACCAUUAUAAAUCUAUCAAUUGUGAAAUCAGCCCAAGACCAAGUUGCUUAUAGGAUUUCAAUAUUUUAAAAAAAUCAUACUUAAAGCUUUUGAAUAAGUGAGCUGCUUGCUUCACAGCUACAUCUAUACCACUUUCCUUUAAUUUAUAUAGAUUACAUGUAAAUACAUAGAUAUAUUUUGAAAUUUGCAUUUAGAUCUUUUCUGUUAAUAGAUAUUUAAGAUAUUGCUAUUUUUUUUUUUUGAAUUUAUAUUUGUUGCAGAAAUUCAAGAGUUUGUGAUGUUUUUGUCAAACACAAAUAUACAAAUGGCAAAUUAGAGGAAAAAUAUUGCAAUAUUUGGUUAGAUUACUGAAUAAAUUCAUUAAUAGAAAUUGUACAACAAAUUUCAAGUAACUUGUUUGUGAAUCUAAGCAUGAUUCCAUGCUUAUGAAUCCAAGUGACAAUAUGAUAGUGAAAAUAUGAUUAUAAGCAUUUCUUGUAAUCCCAUUAUACCUGAUGUGUAUCAUAUGAAAUAUCACUACAAUAUCUGUAACAGAAUGUGAUGUUUUAAAUAAAUACCUUUUUUUUGUUAUGAA